AUGUUAGGACAGACGAUAGUGGACGCUGUAGGUCUGAAUGAGACCCCACCGUCACAUGACCCCACCGUCACAGGACCCCACCGUCACAGGACCCCACCGUCACAGGACCCCACCGUCACAGGACCCCACCGUCACAGGACCCCACUGUCACAGGACCCCACCGUCACAGCACCCCACCGUCACAUGACCCCGUCACAUGACCCCACCGUCACAGGACCCCACUGUCACAGGACCCCACCGUCACAGGACCCCACAGGACCCCACAGGACCCCACCGUCACAGGACCCCACCGUCACAGGACCCCACCGUCACAGGACGCCACCGUCACAGGACCAGACCGUCACAGCACCCCGCCGUCACAUGACCCCACCGUCACAGGACCCCACGUCACAGGAACCCACCGUCACAGGACCCCACAGAACCCCACCGUCACAGCACCCCACCGCCACAGGACCCCACCGUCACAGGACCACACCGUCACAGGACCCCACAGGACCCCACCGUCACAGGACCCCACCGUCACAGGACCCCACCGUCACAGGACCCCACCGUCACAGGACCCCACAGGACCACACCAUCACAGGACCCCACAGGACCACACCGUCAUUCAUUUAG